GCCACAAAAUUUAGAAACUAGUUAAUUUUUUUAACUUUUCACUAUAUGAACAAAAUCUUCUGUCUGUUGCUUAUCUUGAGCUUUAUUUCUGAGAAACAAGUUACCGAGAAGAGCUGAAGUGCUGAUGAGGAGUGUCAUCUGAGUGACUGUGUUCUGUGUCGAUACUGAGAAGAUUUUGCGGUGAAACCAUAUACAUUCCCUCUUUAAGGUGCAUUAAGCAGAAGAAAAUGGUAAGGAGUUGUGUACAUCUUGUUGGGACUCUUAUUGUUUGUUUUUGGGCUAUCAUGGCAAACUCGGAGUACAUGAAAUAUAAAGAUCCUGGCCUCCCCGUACAAGUGCGAGUCAAGGAUUUAUUGAGUAGGAUGACCUUGGAGGAAAAGAUGGGACAGAUGACGGAGAUUGAACAAAGUGUGGCAUCGUUUGAGGUCAUGCAGAACUAUUUUAUUGGAGCGGUGUAUAAUGAUGGAGGGAGUGUUCCAGGCAAACAGGGAUCUCCAGAGGACUGGGUCAAUGUUGUGAAUGAAAUUCAAAUGGGCGCUCUGUCAACACGCCUUGGGAUACCGAUGAUUUAUGGAGCAGAUGUUGUUCAUGGCCAUACUUUUGCUUACACUGCAACAGUUUUUCCACAUAACAUUGGUUUAGGAGCAACCAGGGAUGUUACAUUGAUCAAAAAGAUUGGAGCAGCUACUGCUCUUGAAGUCAGGGCCACGGGAAUUCGUUAUGCGUUUGCACCUUGUAUUGCGGUUUGUAGAGAUCCAAGAUGGGGCCGCUGUUAUGAAAGUUAUAGCGAAGAUCCCACAACAGUUCGAGCGAUGACUGAGUUCAUACCAGGACUACAGGGAGACAUACCUGAUAAUUCUCUCAAGGGUUACCCCUUUGUUUCUGCAGAGGAUAAAGUUGCAGCAUGUGCCAAGCAUUACGUUGGUGAUGGUGGAACUAUCAAAGGCAUUAAUGAGGGUAAUACUCUUGCAAGCUGGGAUGAAUUGCUUAACGUCCAUAUGCCAGCCUACUAUGAUUCCAUUAGCAAGGGUGUGGCAACUGUCAUGAUCUCCUUUUCGAGUUGGAAUGGAGUAAAAAUGCAUGCCAAUCGUGCUCUUAUUACUGACUUCUUAAAAAAUACUUUAAAGUUCAAGGGAUUCGUUAUUUCAGAUUCAAAAGGUCUUGACAGGCUGACAUCUCCAAUGCAUUCAAAUUACACAUAUUCCAUCGAGACUGCAAUUAAUGCUGGCAUUGACAUGGUAAUGGUACCAUUUAACUAUACAGAAUUUAUAGAUGGUCUAUCAUUCCUGGUGAGAAACAACUUUAUUUCCAUGAGACGUAUUGACGAUGCAGUAGAGAGAAUUUUAAGGGUGAAGCUUCUGAUGGGUCUUUUUGAGAAUCCAUUGGCUGACUAUAGCAUGGCCAAGUAUUUGGGUUGUAAGGAGCAUAGAGAACUGGCAAGGGAGGCUGUGAGAAAAUCACUUGUUCUGUUGAAGAAUGGAAAUUCCGCAAAGCAAACUUUGCUGCCGCUUCCUAAAAUUGCAUCAAGAAUUCUUGUUGCAGGAACUCAUGCUGACAAUACUGGAUACCAGUGUGGUGGUUGGACAAUUGAAUGGCAAGGUCUUAGCGGCAACGUUAAAGGGGGUACAUCUAUACUAACUGCUAUCAAAAGAACAGUUGACGCAGCAACUGAAAUUGUGUAUCAAGAAAACCCGGAUACCAGCUUCCUCAAGUCCAACAAAUUCUCUUACGCCAUAGUAGUAGUAGGGGAGUACCCAUAUGCAGAAUCAGACGGAGACAAUACAAACUUAACAAUCCCCGAACCUGGUCCAAGCAUCAUCACAAAUGUUUGCGCAACUGUGAAAUGUGUGGUAGUCCUUAUCAGUGGCCGUCCAGUAGUUGUUGAGCCAUAUUUGUCUACGGUCGAUGCCCUGGUAGCUGCCUGGCUUCCAGGAUCAGAGGGACAAGGCAUUGCAGAUGUUCUGUUUGGAGACUAUGAAUUCACAGGCAAGCUUCCGAGGACGUGGUUUAAGAGUGUUGAUCAACUGCCAAUGAAUGUUGGAGAUGAAAAGUAUGAUCCGCUGUUUCCAUUUGGUUUUGGUCUCACAACUGAACCUAUCCAGACUGUUUCAGCACCAAGAGACCAGUUAGAGUAAUGGAAACACAUGAUUUGUAGUCCCGUGGAUAUCCCUCGUAUCUUGUUUAAGUUUUGUCAGAGGCAUGUGUAAGGAAUUAAUUUGUGUAAUUCACCAUACCAAAAGAAACAUUAUCUGUUAGUAUCUUGUCACUUGUCAGCUCCAGGCUCCAGCAAUUUAAACAGUGUUGUUAAUUCUACAAGUCCUUAGAACUUGUAGAAAGUUUUAUGAC